AUGGACAGCAGCAGCGAGCAGCUGGGCGGUGGUGAGGACGACGCAGCCUGCACGUCGGCCUCGGAGGGUUUGGAGGAAGGGGAGGUGGAGGGGGAGACUCUGCUGAUCGUGGAGUCGGAGGAUCAGGGAUCGGUGGAUCUGUCACAUGACCAGAGUGGAGACUCUCUGACCAGUGAUGUGGGCGAGGAGGCUGACGGAGGCUGGGCCUGCGAGGACAUGUCCUUCUACUGUGACCGCUGCCACAAGUGGGUCCCUGCAGCUCAGCUCAGAGGUGAGCAGCCCAGCUACCUGAAAGGAGACAACUUCUUUAAAUUCAUCUGCUUCGACUGCUCCGAGGACGGAAAGGAGAGCUUUGAGAGGAUGAGACUCACCUGGCAGCAGGUGGUGAUGUUGGCCAUGUACAAUCUGUCUCUGGAGGGGACGGGCCGACAAGGUUACUUCAGGUGGAAAGAGGACAUCUGCGCUUUUAUUGGCCGACACUGGAACUUCCUGCUGGGAACAAGGAAGAAGACAUCAACAUGGUGGAGCACGGUGGCCGGCUGCCUGUCGGUCGGCAGUCCUACUUUCUUCCGGUCUGGAGCGCAGGAGUUUGGUGAGCCUGGAUGGUGGAAGCUGGUCCAGAACAGACCUCCAACUUUACGGCCAGAGGUGGACAAAUCCAUCACUAAGGCUAAAGCCUCGAAACCUGCCUUGGACCCGAUCAUCACCGUGGAGGGCCUUAGGAAGCGUGGAGCCAGAAACCCUGUGGAAAACGCCAUGCAACUGAAGGAGAAGCGCUGUCGCACACAAGAGGCCAAAGACAUCCGGCGUGCUCAGAAAGAGGCGGUGGGAGGCUACACCGACCGUAGUGCCUCCUCCACGCCGGUCAAACUGGGAGGAGGCCGUGGAGGUAGUGCAGGGCGCCGGCCUGACCUUGUCCUGGAAAAAGGUGAAGUCAUUGAUUUCUCCUCCCUCAGCUCAUCAGACAGAACACCACUCACCAGCCCGUCACCAUCACCUUCACCUGAUUUCUCUGCCCCGGGGACGCCGGCAUCUCAUUCAGCAACACCCAGUCUGCUGUCGGAGGCGGACCUCAUCCCAGACGCCAUGCCUCCACAGGCUCUGUUCCACGACGAUGAAGAGAUGGAGACGGAGGGAAUGAUUGACCCAGGGAUGGAGUACAUCCCUCCCCCUAGCGCCAACCUUGUUGCCCGCAAGAAGCUCCGGCCAGCACCCCCACACAUCAAAUGUGAAGCAGAGAGCGAGGACGAUGAAGGCCGCGAGCGCGAGGAUGACUUUGAAGAGCCAGUGGGACGCAGUGAAGGUCCGUCUCUCUCCACUGGCCGGUGUGUUGGUGCUGGAGGGCCUGAGCGGAGGAGGAUAACUCAUCCUGAGAAAACAGACGGAGCUGGCUGCAUCUCACAGAGUCCUCGCUUCGCUCCCCUCAGUCUUUACGAGGAGAGGAUGCUGCUGCGUCGGCUGGAUGCCUGCCCCCUGGCCUUGGCUGUCACUCCACAGGCCAAACGCCUCCACAGGAAGCUGCUGGUUCGUCAGGCCAAGAGGCAGAGAGGGCUCCCCCUGCUGGACAUUGACCGGGCUGUCAGUGCUACCCUCAGCCUGGUGGGAGGGAUCUAUGGCGCCCAUGGGGUGGGGAAUCUCAUGCGAGGAGGAGCCAUGGGAAAAUACUGCACCAACAGCCAGGAGCUGCGUAUUCUUGAUCGCUUCCAGACCAACUUUUCUUGCAGAAGGGGCGUUCAGCAGCACUCGGUGUCCUUUUGGCAUCGUCUGAUGGGAGCAGAAGGCAGUUUGGACCAGAGCAUCAAGAGUCCAUACACCUCUCGCAUCCUGAAACCAUACAUCAGGAGGGAUUAUGAGAGUCGUCCAGUGAAGCUGAGGUUGCUGGCAGAGAUUAAAGCAUAUCCUCACAGGAAGGAACCCGAGUGGGUCCCUGAACCCAGCGCCCCCAUCGACUACUGCUAUGUCCGGCCAAAUCACAUUCCCUCUGUCAACGCCAUGUGUCAUGACAGCUUCUGGCCUGGUGUGGACUUGUCAGAGUGUCUGCAAUACCCAGACUUCAGCGUGGUCGUCCUGUAUAAGAAAGUCGUGAUCGGCUUCGGUUUCAUGGUGCCUGAUGUGAAGUACAAUGAGGCCUACAUCUCCUUCCUGCUGGUCCAUCCUGAAUGGAGGAGAGCCGGCAUUGGUACCUUUAUGAUCUACCAUCUCAUCCAGACUUGUAUGGGGAAAGACGUGACACUGCAUGUGUCGGCCAGUAAUCCUGCCAUGCUGCUUUAUCAGAAGUUUGGUUUCAAAGCGGAGGAGUACAUUCUGGACUUCUACGAUAAAUAUUAUCCUGUGGACAGCACUGAGUGCCGCCACGCUUUCUUCCUCCGACUGAGACGCUGAGUCCAAGACUCUGUCAACACCUGAGUCCACCUGCAGGACCUGCUGAAGCCCAGUCAGUCCUGAGGAGACAGCUGAACAACAACCAGUGUGCAGCACAAUGCCUGGCACAAAGACACCUGGACAGAUGCGGCUGAAAGAGGGGCGCAGGUUUUCAGUCAGUCCAAAGAUUCAUCACUGACUCUCCAGUUACAGACUGACGUCUGCUGGAGCCACACAACACUGACAAAAUCAAACCUCACAGGAUCUUUGGUGUCAUGGAAAAUGUGACCUUUGGUGCUUUCAGAAGAAAUUUACAACUAAGAAACUCGACUGAUGUCAGAAAACACAUCGUUUCAUGUUGGACAGAUCAAAAUAUCAUUAAGUCUGAUAAUGUCUGCUUCCAUAUGUGAGCUGGUCAAUUCUUGACUGAUGACGUGAUGUUACGUUUGAUUCACGCCACUUGAUGUCUCCUGUGGUCCAGUUUCUCAGUAAACUUGUUUUUCCUC